AGUAGUUUAGAAAACUCGUGAACGGCACACCCGACGGAUGGCUGUCAGAUAACUGUGCUAUUGGAGCAGCCUUCAAUCACAGACACGUUACCGGGAACUAAAUACCUGCAAUUCAUAUUUCCGCCUGCCAGCAGUGAAUAUGAUCCCCGGUUGGUUAUAAUUAGAUUAGAACGAUUGGUCGACGGUCGUUUUCGUUUUCAUUUGUGUAGCACCACUGUGAUUGCAAUAAACGGAACAAUUUGCACGUAGGUGAAACAGAACUGAAAUAUGGACUGCGUCUUGGUUUACUAUCCUUGGCUGCAUUUUGUGAAGUUCAGUUUGCAACCGACAUCUUCAAACUUCGAGAUUGUUUUCUAGUUGUGAUGUGGUGAUAGCAAUCAUUAUUAAUUAAUAAAUAUAAAAAUUUCUCUUCAUUUAUUUUCACUGGAAAAUUUGUAAUUGUUCCUUUUCUUUCCUUUAAAAAUUAAGAAUUUUGAGAAUGGCAGGUUGAGACAGACUAACCUGAAUCAAAGGCUAUUAUGUUGAAAAACGGGUUUAGAAAAAUAGUGUGCUUUGUUAUCUCCUAUCAUUUGCGAUAUCGCUUACCGUGCAACGCACAUGCUAUUUAAAUAAACUGUUUCGUGGAAUUUUGUUUAGCGGUAGGACUCAAAAGGUUCGUCUUCUAGAAAAAAGUCAUACUCUUGUUAAUUUUUGCUCAGAGUCUAUUAUAACAAAAUCUCGUUAUUGGCAUCAAACGAAUUCUAUCAAAUAAAGUAUAGUUUACAGUCUAAAUUAAAAAUAGAAAAGCGUAAAUUUUGAAGUAGAAUACUUCUCUCAGGGAGUUCGGCCACAUAGGGAUGUGAAAUGAAAAUCUAAAACCGAAAAAAGUGAAAAAUAUGUCCAAUUUCAAAUGCUAAUAAAUCGGGCAUUAUGCUAAACUAGCAUUACUGAGAGCAAAAUAUGCGCUUAAAGGGCUACCUUAAUUGCUACGAUGUAGUGUUUUAAAUGCAUAUAGAAGACGCAUUACAUUAUUUCGUAAGUGCCAAUAACGAGCGAUAUCGAGUGGUCAAUUAAAAAUAGACAGAACAUGGAUACUCCUCGUAAAUGGAAAAGAACUUUAAGGAGUGGGAAUUUUCGACGCAAAGUUCGGGUAUAUGAAAGCAUGAAACUUUCCGAAAUACCCAAUACAAAACCAUUGCAAACUAGUGAGUUGGAUCCGGGACCUACAUCUCUUGGGCUCGUGGUUCCUGAACCGUCAAUAUCAGAAGAUGAAGAAAAGUCUGAUUCUAGUAGUUCCCGGGUUGCCACCCAAGAUACCUUUUUUGCGGAAUAUAGUCCUGACGAAGAUUCUGACGGGGAGUGGAACCACAUAUUUGACCCAUUGCAGUUUAGGUGCGUUUCGUAAAAACUGGAGUAUCAAUUACAAUAUAUCGCAACAAGCACUGAAACCACUUCUGCAUAAAUUAAUAUCUUAUGAUCGAACACUUCCGGAAGACCCAAAACGGUUUCUCCGAACACCUAGGACAGUUGCUAAUGUGAUUGAUAUUCAAGGCGGUCAAUAUUGGCAUCAGGGCUUAGAAAAUUGUCUUCGCUUGGCUUUUCCAGAAUUAGCUGAAUCACUAAAAAUAUCCAUUAAUAUCAACAUCGAUGGCUUACCGUUGUAUAAGAACGGAACCAGCCAGGUAUGGUCAAUUUUGUUUAACAUACACGAGAAUACUUCAAUGAGGCCAAUGAUAAUUGGCAUUUUCUAUGGAAAAGGUAAACCAAAGAAGGUCGAAGAAUUUCUUGCUCCAUUCGUUACGGAAUUGACACAUGUAAUGACAACGGGACUUCAAAUAAAUGGAUUCAAGAUGACGGUUCACCUUCGGGCUUUUAUAUGUGAUUCUCCCGCCCGAGCUUUUGUUAAAGGUGUGGUUAAUUUUAAUUCUCUGCACGGUCGUUUAAAAUGUUGCACUAUUGGACAACAUUCCACUCUUCUGAGGACUAAUAUUUUCCCUCAAACGUUAGCAACCAGAAGAACUGAUGCUGCAUUCCGUACUGGGCAGUAUGAUGGGCACUACAACUUUUACAAAACACGUGAAAAUGGUAAAUUGAGCAAAACACGUAUUGUUUCGCCGCUACUUGAAUUACCAAUUGACAUAAUUGAGGAUGUUAUCGUGGCCGAUUCAUUGUACCUUCUUCAUUUAGGAAUUACGAAGAGAUUGAUUCUAGCAUACAAAGACGGUCAUAAUGUAUGCGAUGAAAGUAGGUGGCCAAAUAGUGUCAUUGAAAAAAUUUGUACAAGUUUAAAAUCAAUUGAACUUCCUUCGGAAAUCCAUCAUCAAGUACGUGGGGUUGAUUGCAUAAACCAUUGGAAAGCUUCAGAGUGUGCUUCUUUCUUGCAUUACAUUGGGAUUGUAUUACUAAAACAUUUCAUCAGUAAGGAACAUUUUCAAAAUUUUGCCAUAUUUGUUUGUGCCGUAACAAUUUGCUCUAGCAGUUAUUACGCACGAUAUUUACCUGUUGCUCAAAAACUGUUCGAAGAAUUUAUUGGUAACUUUUAUGGUUUAUUUAAAUCUAUUACUAGUAACGUUCAUAACCUUGUUCAUGUAGUGGACGAAGUAACUCGAUUUGGCCCACUGUCAACUAUUUCCUCAUAUCCCUUUGAAAACCAUUUAUUCCAAAUCAAGAAACUAGUAAGAUCGGGUAGACUACCAUUGCAGCAAAUCAUCAAUCGUAUUACAGAAAAAUAUCAGUCUACACCUGUUGUCAGCAAGAUCGAUGACAUUUUUCCAUCUUUGAAACACCCACUUAAAACUGAUGCGACUAAGUUUUCCUGCAUUGUUAUAUCACGGGAAUUUACCUUAACCCAACAAUUUUCUGAUAAAUGGUUUCUCACGAAAGAUACUAAAAUUGCGGCUAUGAAAUACGCAGAUUCAGACGGCAUUUACGGAUCCGAAAUUGCUGAGUUCACAAAUUUAUUUGAUUACCCUUUAGUUUCCUCGUGUAUUAAUGUCUUCGUAGGGACAAAUGAAUAUAAAUUUGGCGAAUUAAAACAUUAUACAUUAGAUAAGAUUUUUUGCAAGUUGGUAGCAAUUACAGUGUAUGAAGAGACAGCAUUUAUACCGUUGUUGCAUACCUUACCAUCAAAUGAAAUGUUUUGAGAUAGAUUAUGCAUUGUUAAUAAAUUUAUUUUUUUGGAUUAAUGAUAAAAUAAUGAUUAAUAAAAAAAAACCUAAAUUAAUCCACCUAGUGGUGCAGGAACCUUUGCUAAACUAACUAUUACUUUAUACGUAUUUGGCCAGUAACUUACAAAUCGUAUACCAUCGUAAGUCAAAUUUCAAUUAUGAAUGAAAUGAAUAUAAAAGAUAGUUUUCAGAGAGUUAACCAAAGAGGAUCAUUGAAUUAAAGCUUGACGUGUUUUUUGCAAAUAAUAUGAAUGUUAUCACUGGAGUACAUGAGUCUUAUUUUUUCGAUCACAAACCAAUUUUUAAAUGCUGGCUAGAGGUAAUUGAAUUUUUUUUUAGAUAAUCGAACGUGGGGAAACAGUAAUAGAUAACAAUGAUGCUGAUUUCAUACUAGAACAGCAAACAUGUAUGUUAGUUUA